AUGGUGAGCUGCCCUCACCUGCUCCUGCAGCAAGACCACAUAGUGGACCGCAUCCUCGACUUCCUCCCCCAGCCGACACUCGUCACCUGCCUCCGCACGGCCGAGCCACUGCAGUACGCGUCCGCGCGGCGCCUCUACCACACCGUCACGCUGGACAGCAACAAGCGCAUCGCCAAGUUCUUCCACGGCGUGCACGUCGGCUUUGGAGCGAAGAGCAAGGUUGAGUGUAACCUCCUCAGCAGCCCACACAAGGGCGCGCAGUGCCAGCGCCUCAAGAAGAUGCCCAAGGUCGAGCUCGUGCGGCCCAGCCUGCGCGCGCCUCCUCCGCUCAAGUCUUACGAGUUUCUGUACAACGAGGCGUAUAACCGCCCCAACGGAAUCGACCCUGUCGGCCCUCUUCCUGCGCAUUACAAAGGCCACAACAACACCAAGAGGGCCUCGUCGUCCAGGCGCAACACCAAGGCCCCCUUCCUCGCCCUAGUCAAGGUCCUCACCAUUGGCGGGCACCACCUCUGCACCUGCGCGCACUACGGCCCGCUCGUCGUCCCGCUGCUGUCCAACAUCCAAGUCCUGCGCAUCACGGCCAACUUCGACUCGCUCUUCGCCCUCAACCCCGUGUGCGACGGCGCCGUGUCGUGCCCGCUCAUGACGGCGAUCAAGACGCCCAAGAUCGUCUUUCGCAACCUCGACGGGCAGGGCCUCCCGCUCCCUCAGUUCAACGCGUACCACGAGCGCUGGAAGCCCAAGCUGUAUGCCCCGCUCAAGAAGUGCCACGGAGGUGGUCCUCUUCUUCCCUACCCACGCGCGGCGCUACGGCGCCCCAACCUUGUGCAUGUCGCCAAGUUCUUCCCGAACGCAGAGCACAUCAAGGUCGUCUUCUGGGAGACGUGGCAGGGCUGGACGGCCGCAGACGACACGUUUGUCAAGUUCCAUGCGCAGCUCGCCCUCGUGCCCGACGACGUCGUGUUCCCCAUCCAGCAGAUCCUCGCGCACACCAGCGCCCAGGUCACGCUCUGGGGCCUCAGCCACGUCCAGUUUGCGCCCCUUGGCGACGUGUCCGACUUUUACCACUCGGGCAACAUGGCCCCCGAGAUGUACCGCAUGGUCUGGGCCGAGAUCCAGAGCGGCAUCGCGUUCGAUGUGCUCGCUGGCAGGCGCGCCGUCGAGGAUAACGGCUGGCUCAACCGCGUCGUGUCCUUCUGCCUCAACCACUACCUCGAGUACAAGGACAUGCGGUUCGGCGAGCUCGAAGGCGUGGUGUGUAACUGUGGACACGCUCACCCCGAGAUCUAG